AUGCGCAUCCAACGGUUGAUUGUAUUACUUACGAUCGGUGUUCUUGUCUGUCUUUCUCUCCUACUAUUACGAUCAUCACCUCCCCGAGAGCAGCCCUUAGUUUUGCCUCCUCCCGAACCGAUUCAACAUCCUCAGCUUCAUGCGGGGCAAAAAACAUACCUCCCCGAGAAGGAACACCCGAUCACGCGUCUGAUCGGAAAUGCCCAGCAGCAAUUCAAUCAUGCGCAGUCACGGCAAUCAAAAACCUUGGCCGAGGCCGUAAUUGAAUACCAGCGCCGCUAUAAUAUGCACCCGCCGCCAUUUUUCGACAAGUGGUUCGAGUUUGCCAAGUCAAGAAACGUACAGCUAAUCGAUGAUUUCGACUCCAUAUACCACACCCUCCUCCCCUUCUGGGGUGUGAAACCAAAGACGAUUCGCGAACGGGCGCGCGAGACACUUGGAUUUGACAAUGCGGUACUUGGUAUUCUGAUUCGCAACGGCAAGGUGUCUUUAACAGAUGGAGGGGGUGAUGACCGCAAGUGGCAGCGAGAUGCCACUGCCGGUAUGAUGAAUGCUUUUGUAAAAUACCUGCCCGACAUGGACCUGGUCUUCAACACUCACGACGAACCGCGCGUGAUCCUUCCUAAUGAAGACCUCCAGCGAUUGGUGCAUAAGGCCAAGGACUUCACUAUCCCAGCAUCAUUCCAGAAAACCCCGACUAACGCGUGGUCCCCACGUGCUUCAGACCUAAACAAAGGUGACCGCAUCGACGAGGUGCGCACUACUCGUUUCAACCGUUUCGCGCACCAACCGACCUGGACAAACUCCCGAAUAUCUUGUCCGGUUGACAGUCCAGCGCGCUCACUUGAUGAAAAUCCUCCCGACGACGUUGAUCCUUAUGCGUAUGGCGAACUCGGCUUCAUCUACAACACGACGGCGGCCUCUGAUAUCUGCAAUACCCCCUCUCUCCGCUAUUCAUACGGAUUCUUUGACCGACCCAACGCCUUCGAUGUCGUCCACGAUCUGUUUCCCAUCUUCUCGCAGAGCAAGAUCUCCAGCUUCCAGGACAUCAUUUACCCGAGUCCCUGGUAUUGGGCUGACAAGGUUCCUUACGACACUGAAAAAGACUAUGCGUGGGAGGCCAAGUCCGACCGAAUGUACUGGCGUGGCUCCACAACAGGUGGGUUUUCGCGCGCGGGUGGCUGGCGUCGACAACAUCGACAGCAAUUUGUCGACAACGUCAACGCCUUGGGCACCACCAAAGUUCUCGUUCGCCAGGGGGACAGCUGGGUUUCACAAGUCACCAACCGGAACAUUCAUCGCGAUUCCUUCGAUGUCAAAUUCACGCUUAUUGGCCAGUGCGACCCGGACGAUUGCAAUGCGCAGACUGAAUACUUUGGGGUGUUCAAACAGGCCGGGCAACAAGAUGCGUGGGCGCACAAGUUCCUAGUUGACAUCGACGGCAACGCUUUUAGCGGACGAUUCUACGCUUUCUUGCAUAGCAAGAGCUUUGUCUACAAGAUCGCUAUCUUCCGCGAAUGGCAUGAUGAGUGGCUGAAGCCCUGGGUACACUACGUCCCUCUCAGUUUGAAAGGCGACGAGUACGUUGAAAGCAUGCGAUACUUUACCUCAGAAGACGAGGGCAAAAAGGCUGCUCUUCAAAUUGCCAACCAAGGCCAGCGCUGGGCACAAAAGACCCUACGAAAUGAAGAUCUGGAGGUUUGGUUCUUCCGGUUACUACUAGAGUAA